AUGGCAGACAUCGGUGAUGCGUCCGGCUAUGAUGACUCUAAUCGCGCCUUUUUACAAGCGUUCCUUGCGCGCAGCGUCCUGACGCUCACCACUGCGCAGCCGAUUCUCGCAGCGCUCCUCACGUACCGCGAUGGUCGCGAAGUCCAGCCCCAAGACGUCACUGUCGAAGACUUGAAUUCUUACAUCGCGGACUCGAAUCAGCGACUGUCUCCGCUCGAUCUAGAAAUCCGAAGUACCUUCCACCAAAAAACCCGGGAGCGCAUCUAUGCUCUGGUCAACACAACCAGUGACCCAUUGACACAGUUGGCCACGACAUAUUCAGCUGACGAAAUCGUCUACUUGAAGAAGCUCCUCGAUGCGAUGUUUGAUGGCCCCAAUAAUCGUGGAAAGAAAGAAGCCAUGUGUUUGAGCGGUAUCGAAGCUCUACAAGUCGGACGAAGCCAAGGCAACAGGAGGGCGACACAAGAUGGGGACGGGGGUACGACACAGACAAAUACGAGCGCGUUUGUCUUGAAAGACACCGAGGCUAUGCUAGCGAAGCUGGUCGACGAAGGCUGGCUGGAAAAGAGCAGGAGUGGCUUCUACGGCUUGAGUGCGCGGGCGUUGAUGGAGUUGAAGGGGUGGCUCGUCGACACAUACAACGAUGAAGACGAGGAUGGCGAGAGGAAAGAGAAGAUCAAGUUUUGCCAUGCUUGCAAGGAAAUCAUUACCGUCGGUCAGCGAUGUCCACGACGAGAAUGCCGAUGCCGGCUACACGACAUUUGCACGCAGAAUUUCUUCCGGAUGCAGCGAUCACAGACCUGUCCGAUUUGCAAGACGGACUGGGAUGGGCAGCAUUAUGUGGGGGAGAAGGCGAUCACGAUGUCUGAGAGUUACCAGAUGAGCAGGCGAAAGAGCGGGCAUAGACGACCAGCAGAAGCGGAAAGACAGAGAGAUGCCGACGAGGACGACGAAGGCACAUGA